AUGUCUAAAGCAUCAGCAGCCGCUCGUCUCCAAAACGACUUUGGUGCAGACCUUUGGGUCAAGAACCAGGCUCAGGCUCGCCAAGCAACAGCCGGACGAGGCCUCUUUGCCGGCCUCCAAGACGUCAAGCACUACAACGUCGACAAUGGAUGGGCGAAGCGCUCAGCCGCCAACGAACAGCCAGGCCUUAUAGGGCUUCUGUGGAAAUCACCGGUCUUGGCUAUCGGUCUCCUAAUCAAUGAGGACUUGGAGUUUUCAGAUUGGAUUGGAGUUUUAUCUUGGAUUUGA